AUGACGGUCAACGGGACACCAUGGCAGGCGAAGGCGCUGAAGGAUGCCCCUAUCGUCAUUAUUGGAGCUGGUAUGGGCGGCCUUGCUACCGCAUUGGCGCUAGCAAAGAAGGGAUUCAAAGACAUCCAAGUAAUCGAGCGGGCUUCCGGUCUGGGCUUCGUUGGGGCAGGUAUCCAGAUGGCACCUAAUGUGGCUCGCAUCCUCACACGCCUUGGAUGCUGGAGCCCCGUAGAGGCGGAAGCGACUGAUGUCCUGGAGACGAGUAUUCGAGAUGGUGCCUCAAACCAGAAGUUAGCUCAUGUUGACAUGCCCAACAUUCGAAAAAUGUACGGGUACCCGCACUGCACUGGUCACCGAGCCACUCUUGCUGGAAGCCUCUACGACGCUUGCAGACUCGAGCCUGCGAUCAAGUUCAAGUUUGGGCAUAGCUUGCGGAGCAUAGAAUCAUUUGCUCCGCAUACAACCUUCACACUCCAAACAGAGGCGGGAGAGACCUUGCAAAUGAAGGCCGCCGUCCUUAUUGGAGCUGACGGCGUCAAGUCCAUUGCUCGCGCAGCACUUCUUUCAAAAGCUGGGUUAUCGGAGUCUGUAGAGGACACUGGCCAGGCUGCCUACAGAAUCCUAUUACCUCGGCAAGCCAUGGAAAGUGAUCCCGAGAUGAUGGAACUUCUCGACAGCAACCAGGUGACUCGUUGGAUUGGAGAAAAGCGCCACUGGAUCUGCUAUCCCAUUGCCUCCAGAAGCAUCUACAACAUGUCUUCUAUCCAGCCAGAUGAUAACUUUGCCGCGGCUCCAUCGUCAACAUACACAACCAAGGGGUCUAAAAAGGCCAUGAUGGAUGUCUUUUCCGACUUUUGCCCUCUGGUUCUGCGCAUGCUCAACUUGGUGCCAGAGGGGGAGGUUUGCGAGUGGAAGCUACGCUCGCAAAAGCCUUUACCUACCUGGGUCCACGGAUCUGUUGCGCUUCUGGGAGAUGCUUGCCAUCCCACGUUGCCUCAUUUAAACCAGGGUGCCGGUUUAGCCAUCGAAGAUGCCGCCGUGCUUGCGGAGGUGCUGGAUCGCGCUCCUGACGCGAACCCCGAGUCCAUCAAUAAGUGUCUUCAAGUCUACGAGACACUUCGGAAGCCGCGCACAACGGCGUUAGUGGACCUCGCUGCCCUCUCUGGGCGGACACUGCAUUUGGGCCAGGGAAAGGCCAAAGAGGAGCGUGAUAAGCAGUUCGCAGAGGCAAACGGAGGUGGCAAGGUUCCUGAUAAAUGGGCGUCACCAGAGGUGCAGGAGAUGAUAUAUGGCUAUGAUUGUAUGCAAGAGGCUGCGGCCAAAUUUGAUGAGGAGUAUAAGAACCUUGAAAGGAGUAUUUCGAAUCGUCUGUAA